GGCCGCUCCCAUGGGUGUCGCUGGGCCGCGCCAUGCCUAAGGGGGCGCCGCGAUGGGCCAAGGGGACGAGAGCGAGCGCAUCGUGAUCAACGUGGGCGGCACGCGCCACCAGACGUACCGCUCGACCCUGCGCACGCUGCCCGGCACGCGGCUCGCCUGGCUGGCGGAGCCCGACGCCCACAGCCACUUCGACUAUGACCCGCGUGCAGACGAGUUCUUCUUCGACCGCCACCCCGGCGUCUUCGCGCACAUCCUGAACUACUACCGCACGGGCAAGCUGCACUGCCCGGCCGACGUGUGCGGGCCGCUCUACGAGGAGGAGCUGGCCUUCUGGGGCAUCGACGAGACCGACGUGGAGCCCUGCUGCUGGAUGACGUACCGCCAGCACCGCGACGCCGAGGAGGCGCUGGACAGCUUCGGCGGCGCGCCCCUUGACAACAGCGCCGACGACGCGGACGCCGAGGGCCCCGGAGACUCGGGCGACGGCGAGGACGAGCUGGAGAUGACCAAGCGCCUGGCGCUCAGUGACUCCCCCGAUGGCCGGCCUGGCGGCUUUUGGCGCCGCUGGCAGCCGCGCAUCUGGGCGCUCUUCGAGGACCCUUACUCGUCCCGCUACGCGCGGUAUGUGGCCUUCGCUUCCCUCUUCUUCAUCCUGGUCUCCAUCACCACCUUCUGCCUGGAGACCCACGAGCGCUUCAACCCCAUCGUGAACAAGACGGAGAUCGAGAACGUUCGCAAUGGCACGCAAGUGCGCUACUACCGGGAGGCGGAGACGGAGGCCUUCCUCACCUACAUCGAGGGCGUCUGUGUGGUCUGGUUCACCUUCGAGUUCCUCAUGCGUGUUGUCUUCUGCCCCAACAAGGUAGAGUUCAUCAAGAACUCGCUCAACAUCAUUGACUUUGUAGCCAUCCUGCCCUUCUACCUGGAGGUGGGGCUGAGCGGCCUGUCCUCCAAGGCUGCCAAGGACGUGCUGGGCUUCCUGCGCGUCGUCCGCUUCGUGCGCAUCCUGCGUAUCUUUAAGCUGACCCGCCACUUUGUGGGCCUGCGGGUCCUGGGCCACACGCUCCGCGCCAGCACCAACGAGUUCUUGCUGCUCAUCAUCUUCCUGGCCCUGGGCGUGCUGAUCUUCGCCACCAUGAUCUACUACGCCGAAAGGAUAGGGGCACAGCCCAACGACCCCAGCGCCAGUGAGCACACGCACUUUAAGAACAUCCCCAUCGGCUUCUGGUGGGCCGUGGUCACCAUGACGACCCUGGGCUACGGAGACAUGUACCCGCAGACGUGGUCCGGCAUGCUGGUGGGGGCCCUCUGUGCGCUGGCGGGCGUGCUCACCAUCGCCAUGCCCGUGCCCGUCAUCGUGAACAAUUUCGGGAUGUAUUACUCCUUAGCCAUGGCUAAGCAGAAACUACCAAAGAAAAAAAAGAAGCAUAUUCCGCGGCCACCGCAGCUGGGAUCUCCCAAUUAUUGUAAAUCUGUCGUAAACUCUCCACACCACAGUACUCAGAGUGACACAUGUCCGCUGGCCCAGGAAGAAAUUUUAGAAAUUAACAGAGCAGAUUCCAAACUGAAUGGGGAGGUGGCGAAGGCCGCGCUGGCGAACGAAGACUGCCCCCACAUAGACCAGGCCCUCACUCCCGAUGAGGGCCUGCCCUUUACGCGCUCGGGCACCCGCGAGAGAUACGGACCCUGCUUCCUCUUAUCAACCGGGGAGUACGCGUGCCCACCUGGUGGAGGAAUGAGAAAGGGGGCACAAUGAAGCUGGCAAGGCCCUCCAGACUCAGCAAGAUGCUACUGUGCAGGCUGUUCUCACACAGAAGUAAGAGGAAGGAGAGUGGCCCACAGAAAGCCUCUCCCUAAGCUACACGGAACAUGGAAUGUCCAGUUUUCAAAACAGGUAAGUUAGAGGAUGAUUCCUGGCUUUACAGAGGGCUCUCUGCAGCGUGCUUGGCGCUUGUCAUGUCCUUGAAGACACUGGAAUUCCACCUGGUUUACUGGUCCCGGGGCACAUGGCUGAGCCUUGGGUGGAGAGCCCCAUAUUUACAGAGGGAUUCCCUAGGCCCUUGGAGUUCAGGCCCCCUGCUCACAGGGCUCAAUCUAGGCUGUGACGAGUGAUGGAGCUCACAGCCCACCACACUUGUGUCAGCCUAAGAGCCCUGCAAGCAACGGAACCUCGGGACUGGCAGGGUCCCUGGCACAAGCUGGGCACAAUACCCAAAUCUGUUCGGGUCUGUGGCACCUGCCUGAGCUUCUUGGCAACUAAGUCCUCACAGGGCCGUAUGGUGCUGGGACUGCAGCCCAGUGCUAGGGAGGGGGCAGCAUUUCUGCUGGAGGACCUUGCCAAGGAGGAAUAAACACCUGAGCAUGUGUGCAGAGCCUCCUGGUUGUCUCCUGAAUCACAGAAUCAAGACAUUUCCCAACCUUUCUUGCAGCUAGGUGUGAUCAUGAGGGUCAAGCUGAAAUGUUCUGUAACUGUUUAUGGGACUUUUCCUUAAAAGACAGAUGGCUACACUCUCUGCUCCUUCUUCUUUGUCCCUCCUUCAUCCUGUCACCAGGAACGUGGAUGUGAUAGCUGGAGUUGUAGCCACUACCUCUGACCAUGAGGAUGAGGGCUGCAACCUAGGGAUGGUGCUUCUCAGUUUCAUAAAAAUGUCACCUUAAUUUCCACAGCAACCCUCGGAGGUAUUACUACUUCCAUUUUACAGAUGAAGAACCAGGCUCAAGAGGUAAAAUAACUUUCUACAGUCACACAGCUAUUCUAGUCAGGACUAGAAUCCAGGACUCCCAAAUCUCAGGCUCCUUCGCUAGUUCCAAACCAUGUGAAAAUGGUAAUACAAUCAUUGAAUACUUGGUAUAUGCCAGACCCUGUGAUAAGCACUUUGCAAGUAUUCAUUCACUGAAUCCUCACAACAAACCUGUGAAGUGCCAUCUAAUAUUAUCCCCAUUUUGCAGAGUGAUGACGUGAACCGUGCAAGGUAACAAGAGGCAGAGCUGGAUUCGAACCCAGACAGUCUGGCUCCAGGCCCUCUUCUAUUUAAUAUUAUACUGUUCUCUCUAGCAAAAACACUGCUUCCCAGGUAGUUAAGAAGAGGUACAGAGUAACAGGCCACCUAUGGGAACACAGGAAGUAAUGGAAGGCAACUCCAGCUGGCGAGAGAAAGACACUAUGCAGAGAAGCAGAAAUCCCCCUGAGCCCUGUGAUCACUGGGGCUGAAGCCCUGCCCCCUUCUGCAUCUGCUGGGCAGUGGGAAGAGGAGGGAGAGAUGGGCACAAGAAGUUAGGUAGCCAAUGGUCCAUGUUGUCUCCUCCUGUCCAAGAGCACGCAUAGGCCUAGACCAACAGUCAGGACUGCUCUUCUGCACUACCAGGCUGAUGGAGAGGAGGGGUGAGGUUUGAGCACCCUCAUGGAGAGGAGGGCUCUGGAUUCUGGUAGAUGUCAGGAAGGAUGGGGUGGGCCUUGGAGCGGGGUAAAUUUGGGAGACACUUCUGAGUGUUUAGCCACCCAAGCUCAUAGGGAUCUCAUCCUUUUGGCAGCAACUGGUGGAAUGGUCCCUAGGGUCCUGCUGUGAGGAACGGGGAAUGAGGAAUCCCAGAAGUGGGACCUCCUGAAGUGCUUUGGGUCUAGAUGGCAAUAGCAGGAUGGGAAAAGGGGAUCAGGUCCUCAGCUCCCUUGCCCGGACAAUUACAACUACUACUUUAUCCUUUACGCUGAGGCUGCUGGCCUGGGUGGGAGAAAUCAGGCAGAAACGCAGCCUGGACUAGGUCCUCCCAUGGAAAAUUUCCUGUCUCCACAGCACCUAUGAGACCAAGUCCAGACCCCUUAGCUGGCUCCCAAGGCCCCUCAGUAGUCUGUUCAUCUUGGCAUCAUCACUCCUGUUCCCAACUCAGUGUUCCAGCCCCACAGGCUUACUAUCAGCUCCCUGAAUUCACCCAGGCUGUUCACAUUGCCAUGCUCUUGCCCAACCUGAGUCCAUUUAUUUCAUCAUGUGGGUGCCUUUUCUGGUUUAGGACUUGUGCUGCACACAAGACCCAGAGAAGAGGAAAAUUCAGUUUGUGCCCUCAGGGUCCCCAUCCACUGAGGAAGACAGCCGUGGGAAAAGACAAUUAUGGCAAAUGACGGCAUGUAUACACAAAGGGGCAUGGACAGUAGUGUUUACUGUAGCACCAUUUGCAACUGCGAAAGACUGGGGGGCCCCAAGAAUAUUCAUCAAUAGAAGAUUAUUUCAAAAAGCCAGAGCCCCCUUCAGGCCAGGGUCCUUACACAUUAAAACUUCUUUUUAACAUAAAGUUAUGUAAAGCCCCUAUAUAUUUUUAUAUGUACAAAUCAAACUGAGAACAGUCUCUGAGGAAGAGAGGGGGAAUGGGGGAAGGGUGACCCUCAUUUUCUGUUUUGUUCAAAUAUUUUAAAAAGCCAUAACACAGAUGAUGAUUUAAAAAAUAAUAAUAUUUCUAAGGGACAGAGGGGUAGCAUAGAGGAGAGGAUGACCUAGGAGACACUGACCCAGGAGGCCAUGCAGAGAAUGGCCAUGAGAAUGGCUAUGAGGAUGAUGGUCCUAUUGGGCUGGGCAGAGGACACAGACACUGUCAGUGUUGGGCCCUGCUAUGGUUUAAGUGUGUCCCCAAAAGCACAGGUGUUGGAAACUUAAUCCCCAGUGCAACAGUGUUGAGAACCGGGACCUUUAAGAGAGAAGUAGGUCAUGGGGACUCUGCCUUCAUGAAUGGAUGAAUGCUGCCACUGUGAGAAUGGGCUAAUUAUGGUGGAGUUUGGUCUCUUUUUCUCUCUGUCUUGAAUGUUUGCUUGCCCUUUUGCCAUGUUACGAUGCAGCAAGAAGGUCUUCCCCAGAUGCGGCCCUGUGAUCUUGGACUUCCCAGCCUCCAGAACCAUUUAUUGAGCUAAAUAAACCUCUUUCUUUAGAAAUUACCCAGUCUGUGGUAUUCUGUUAUAGCAGCAAAAUAUGGACUAAGACAGGCCCUUUCAGGAAUUAGUCCAUCCAUCACUCUCCAGGGCCAAGGAUACCCUCGAGGCAGGAGCUGAGGCAGCAGGAAGAAGCUAUUCCAGAAUCAAGAAGUGGGGCUGUUCACCCACAGAAUUACUCUGGGGAUGUUUUGGGUUUGUGGCCCACAUUGCUUCAGAGAAGGCUGUAUGUGGGAAAGCAGACAGGCCUAGGGUCCCCUUCUCACCAAGAUCCAUAGCAGCCCUGAGAAUGAGGUAAGAGAAAUAGAUGGGUGGGGGGGUGAGGCCAGCAAGGAGGCUGUGGCUGUCCACCAGGUAAGAAAAGGGGAGGGCCUGUGGAAAGAGGGUUUUGGGAAGAUAAUGUGCAAAAUACAGCCAGGAUCUGGCCACAUCUCACUGGCCCCAUCACCCCUCAAGGGCUGCCCAACUGGUCUCUCUGCUGCCUCUGUUUCCCUGUAUGUUCUAUUCUCCGCACAGCAACUUGAGUGAUUGUGUUAAAACCUAUGUCAGACAAGGCACUGCAUUGUUUAGAAUCCUUCAGUGGCUUCUCCUCUUACUCAGAAUAAACAACAGCUGGUCUCCAGCUCCUUCUCUGACAUCACAUUCUAUCACGAUCCACUCUGUUAACAUCACUGACUUUCUUACUGUACCUCAAACACUACUUGUCUCAGGACCUUUGCCCUGCCGUUCCUGCUAUCUGGAAUGCUCUUGGCCCUGAUAGCCACAAGUUCACUCCUUCAUGUUGUUCAGGUAUUUGUUAAAGUCCCACCUUAUUUGAGAGGCCUUCUCUGAUAACUCUACAUGAAAUAGCAGUCUACCCUUACUCCUAUCUCUAUCUCUUCACCUGCUUUAUUUUUCUUCAUUUUUUUUACAGUAUAUUUAUUUUAUGAUCUCUCUCUCCUAACCAAACACAAUCUCUUUCAGAGUAGGUACUCUGUUUUGUUUGCUGCUAUAUCCCAGUCCUUGAAACAGUGCUUGGCAUAUGUUAGCGCUCAAUACUGUUGUGUGAAUGGAAGGACAAAUGAAUGAAUGGCUAGUGAGAGAAUGGAGCUGCUUGUUCUCUCUUAGAGGCCGAAAGAGAACCCAUGGAUGUGGGAAGCAGCAGCCAUGGGCAUGGCGAUUGUAGCUCGCUAUCAGGAAGAACACUGCAAUGCCUGGAAGACUGCUCUGGAACAUAGCUGGUGCUCUGUCAGAGGUCCUGAGCUCCCAGGACAGUCCCACAGUGGGCAGAGGCUGGGCUGAGACAAACCAAAAGUCCUUCCAAUCCUGGAGAACUUGUUUGGUGGUGUGAGUGGAUAUGGAAGUGUAUAAGAAAGAGAAGGAAGGUGGACACAGAAGAGUAGAAUGGGCAGAUACACGCUCCCCAGGCUGGCUCCUUCAAACCAGACAAAAGAAAGGUCUUGGUUCAAGUGAUAAAUAAGUGUGUUGAAUUAAUGGGUUCUAAGCUGCAAGGCUAGGACUGCUCUGGAACUUCUUCUAGAACCCAUUGCUCAAAAGGUCACUCAGUUAUCUCUGUCAAUCACUUUCCCCUUACAUAGGAGGAAAUUGAGGCCCACAGUGGGGCAAUGCCAUGGCAAAGGUCCCCACUGGUCUACCUCCCCACUGCUCUCAACCACUCCCUGGCAUCACUGCAGGCACCUCAUCUGACAGCAGCCCAGUGAGGCAGGUGUUGGAUCAACAUUGCAUGGAAGAGAAAACUGCAUUUGGGUGCGGUUCAGAAACAGCCAAGCUGGGACAGGCAGAGGCCAGCCCUCCCUACCCCCAGCCCCAGGAGUAGGAGGCUGCUGAGGCUGCUGUGGACACAUUUCCUCAGUCACCUGCAGUGAGAGCGUGCUGUGGCACGUUGGCUCCAGUGGGUGACUAUUCUUAGAUCUAGGGAGCUAUGAUGACAGAUUUAGAACUUACAAGGUGGAAACAUGUUGGCCUGUUUUAUAAACAACUGAAAUCCUCCCUACAGACUGCCUUUCUGAAUUCUGUGUUCUCUCAGAACUGCUGGCUUUCUGGCUUAUUGGCUGCUUUGGGAGAUGGGGGAGAAAGAGAAACUAAUCCUCUUGAGGGCCUACUAUGAUCACAUAUGGUGUUAUGGGCUUUUGUAUCACCCAUCUCAUUUAACAGCUCUGGAAAGAAGGUAUUUUGGUCACGCUCUGUGGAUGAGGAAACAGGCUGGGAGAGGUCCAGAAGCAAGCACACCCUGUGACGUGGUACAAGAACGAGGCCGUGGACCAGCAGGUCUGCUGUGGAGCCUGGUGCUGCCAAAAGAAAGGUGGCCCUGGCAGAUGGAGCAGUAAGGGCAUGCGCACAGCACCUUCAGAUUUGAAUCCCUUCAGGUGUUGCUCUCCUGUCCUCUAAGAUUUCUUCACUCCUGGUGAUACCUCCUCCCUCUGUAUGACCUGGUAGCUUGUCCCCGUUGCAUACCAGGGCCCCCUCAGCAGGUUCUCAGUUGUCAUCAUCCCUCUAGAGUAUGGUAUCCAGAGCUGGCUGAGGUCCAGAGAUGAAGAGCCCACCAAGAUGCACACACAGUCCCCGAGGCUCUACCUCUGUUAGCUCAGCCUGAGGCCACAUUCGCUGCUUUGAAGGCCAAGUCCACUUCCCCUUGCUGAACCUACGGCCUGUAUAUACUCCUAAAUAGUUUCUGGAGGACCUAUUCUCCUAUCUUUUACCUGGCCUGCCUGCAUGCUGGUGUUUUAGACCUGGCUGGAACUUUCAGGUUGUUUCCAUUAAAAGUCAUCUUAUUAAAUGAACAUGCCAAUCUCCGAGGGGCACUAGCGGAGGGGUGGAGGAAGCACCCCUGGGCCCAGGAGCAGCUGCACUGUUGCCAUUCCUGAAGCCUGGUCACCACCAGAGCCUCCUUACAUUGCUCUCCUCAAGCCUGUUUGGGAAUCACCAGUGUGCAGAAGAGGAAGCUAGGGAAAUAGGGGAAUAGUGGAGGUGGUAGUAACAAGGUCUGCUCUGGAAUCCAGUGGCAAGUCCAGAAGAAUCCACAUGCAGGAAGAUCAGGGUACUAGAGUUCACAUGGGGACGGAUGACACAAACCUGAGAUAGAAUUCUCCCUAGAGGUUCUAAUCACUGAAUAAAUAUUAUACCUACUUAGUAUCUGGUCUGUGUCUGGUGCUAUGCCCAAUUCAGUUCAAUUCAUUUUGUACACAUCAACUAGGCUCCCACAAAGUCCAAGUGCUGGGUUGGAGAGCUGAGCAUCCAUCCCACAGUGACAGUGCAGGGAGAUGAGGUCCUGGAAAGAUUUGCUCAGAAAGACCAGGCAGUGGCUAAUUCCUGAGACGGAUCAAACCCCCAAGGGAAGAGAGUCUCUUAUCUUUUUAUUUCCUAAACAGCAAAAUUUUAUUAAACUUUAUGUCAAUAAACAUUAUUACAGUACAAAAUAGGAAAAAACUAAUGGGUUAAUACUUAUAAUACAUAUUAAUCAAUUUUUUUCCUUUUAAAUAGACUAUUUUUUAAGAGAAAAUAUAGGUUCAUAGUAAAAUUAAGAAGAAAGUAUGGACAGUUCCCAUAACACUUCCUGCCUCUACUUACUUCACAGCCUUCCCCACCAACAUCCUGCACCACUGACACACCAUUAGUGCUCAAAGUGGGUGGUUUACAUUAUGGAUGAUCUUGGUAUUGUACAUUUUACGGGUUUUGACAAAUGAAUAAUGACAUGGAUCCACCUAAUUAUAAUGUCAUACUGAAUAGUUUUGCUGCCCUAAAAAUCCUCUGUGUUUUGCCUACUUAUUUAUCUUUUCAUCUGCCGGAGUUGCAGAAUAAAUGUUAUAGAGUGCCUAUAAUAUUCAAGCAGUUGCAGAGAAUACAGCACCAAACAACACACAAGGUCCCUGUCCUCAAGGGGCUUACACUCUAAUGGGGGAAACAACAACCAAGUAGGCAUACAAGUCAACAGAAUGCAGCUAGUAAUAACAGUUAUACAAAAAACCAGUGAUACAAUUUAGAAGGGCAGGUAGUCGGGAAGUCCUCCCCAAUUAUGUGGCCCCUGAGUUGUGACCUGAAGGACAAGAAGGAGCCAGCCAUACCUGUGGGAAGAACUUGGCAGGCAGAAGAAAUGACAAUACAAAGGCUGGAAGAAGGAAGGCAUUUUGCCAGUUCCAGAUAUAGCAAGGAGGAUGACUACGUGUGUCUGGGGCCAAGUAAGCCAAGGGAGAGGCAGGCCUUAAAAUUGAAGGGGAAGCAGAGCCUUGAGAUGCCAGGUGAAGAGUUAGAAGUUUGAGAAUGCUGAGAAGCUAGGGAGGGAUUUAAGCAGGCAAUGACAAAUUCUGAUUUACAUUUGAAAAGGCUGCUCUCUGAAGGCUGGAUUACAAAGGCAAAAUGCAGGGAGCAGAUUUAGGAGGCUACUGCAUUGCAGAGGACCAGGCAGUGCAUGAAGGUGGCUCGAAGUAGGCUGGUAGCAGUGGGGAUGGAGAAAAAUGGAUAGAUUUAUAAACUGCUUUGGAGAUAGGAUUUCUAGGACCUGCUGAUAGAUUAUACACAGAGAGAGAUAGGAAUUAUAACUGAUUCCUUGAGCAAUGAGUGGAUGGUAGUGCUAUUUAUGAAGUUGAGGAGGCCUGGAGGAGAGAGAGGCUUGGGGGAGAAAAUCAAGAGUUCUGUUUUGGACAUUUUAAGAUGUAAGUGCCUAUGAGACAUGAAUGAAUGAAUGUAUUCCCCAAAUACAGACCUCUGGUGAGCCUAAGAGAUGAUAAACCUGAGACCUGGGAAACCGUGUGAAUGACAAAUGGUAGGAGCUACCAGGUGAGCAGUGGGCAGCUCAAGAGGUAACAUUGUGCUUAUGGUUCGAUGGGGACUAAUUUGGUGCCUUUAUCACUCUAAAUUAUAGCUUCUGUUUUUGUUUUUUCUUGAAUGAAGUGCUUGACUGGGAUGCAUACAUACUACAUGGGCUAAUAAAUAUAAAUUGCCUUUGUGAAUGUCCCUACUUCAUUAAAAAACACAUAAUAUUUGAAAGGAAAAUUACCAUUUCAGAUAAUUAUAACCACCGGCCCAAGUUCUCCUACUGGUCCCAUUGGAAGUAGCAUUCUUCUCUAACCCUGGUGAGCUGCCAGGACUGCUGGGCUGGGAAAUCCAGGCACAGAGUUUCUCUCUCAAAGCAGGGUGUCAGCAGGAGCAGUGGGAUUCCCAGAGGAUGCAGUGUUUGCAUGAGACCCUGCAGCCAGACUCUCCUUGGGACAUCUAAUUCCCAGGUAGUAGGAGGCCACCCCAAAAUGAGGCAGCCCUGAAAGACCCUUAAGCAUUGGUUCUAAGAAUAAAUACACAAAUGAAGAUAAGGAAGCCUGGUGAGUUCCACUGGGCUCCCUCCCUACAUGACUAUACAUGUCUCCACCUGGGACUAUUCAGCCUCCUGUGGGCUCAGCCCCAAGUGGCAGAUUCCCCUCCCAGAUAAGGGGACUAGAAACUUUGAGGCUGAGGCGAGGUGCAUUUGUCUCAGAGUGUGAAUCCUUCAAUGGCAUUCUAGCUCAGAAGAAAAUACCAAGCCUAGACCUUAGCCUAUAAGGUUCUAUACCAUCUGGUCCCAGCUACCUCUCUGAUGCCCAUUGCUGCCACUCUCAUCCUCACCUCUUCUAAUCCACUCGUCUUCAGCCACACUGGUCUCCUUACUCUUCCUCCAACUGGCCAGUCAUGCUUCCAGCUUUAGCCUUUGCACCAGCUGUUCCCUCUGCCUGGAACCUUCCUCUCCAGAUAACCAUAUGGCUCCCUCCCUCCCUCCCUUCAAUCAGGGCAUCAUUCAAAUGGUACUUUCUUAGAGGGCCUUCCCUGAUCACCCAAUUUCAUCCUUCCAUCUCUUUACACUGCUUAAUUUUCCUUCCCAGCACUAAUACCCUAUCAUAUACUUUUGUUUGUCUGUUUCUCCACCAGAAUGAAAAGCUCUAUGAGAGCAAACAUUUCAUUUUAUUCAACUGCUGUAUUUCCAGCACUUAGAAAAGUUAUGGGUAUAUAAAAGGUGCUCAAUAAAUAUUUAUUUUAGCAAUGAAGAGCUGUCACUUGCCCCAGGAGGGGCUCAUUCCCUUGAGGGGAACCCAAAUCAAAGUGCUGGGCAGACCAUCCACUGGGAUCACCAAUCCGAAGCAACUGCUAUAUUGUGUGUGCACACCCACACAUGUGGCAGGGCAGUUAGGGUAGCCCAUGCUGAAGGCAUUUUGUAGGGCAGCUGCAGCCUCAGUUAUAGAGGAAGGAAGUUAUUAGAGCUAGGGGUUGAACAGACCACCUCCAGCUCUAGGAUCAACCCAAUCCUGGCAGGCCUAGCCUAGCCUAGUCCAUCUCAGCUCUUCAAAUGAGCACCCAUCCAUCUGUCUGUAGGCUGACCCUCUGCUUCCUGAAAUGAAGGAAAGCCAGCUGGGCAGUAUAUAUCUCAAGUCCUCACCCAGUGGGUCAGAGAACUGGGAAAGAGUUGUUGCUGCUCAGUACUUUUGGAGCCAGACAGGCUUGGAUUUGAUCUUGCCUCUGCCACCUACUGUAUGUACUUAAUUCUUGGUUUCUUCAUCUAUAAAUAAGGACAACCAUCUUUUCCUUGCCUGUUUCUAAACGAACAUGUAAAGUGCCCAGCACAGACUCCAUCACGUGACACAAGCUCACUGGACACUUGUUCCCUUCCCCAUCUUCCCCUCUGCUGCUGGGAUUGCCCACAUCUCCUGCCCAGGAUCUACUUCUCAGCCUUCCUCGAUCUAGUCUAUCUUGAGGCUAGCUAUUAGUAAAUCUGGGAAAAUCGUCCAAUACAGGGGCACAUGGAAAAAUGGUCUCAUCCCUUCUCCUUCUUCCCAUCUCCAUGGACCCCUUGCAUGGAACAAGUAGGUAACAUUUCAUACAAGUUCUAGCUGAGGGUUCAGAUUAGUGUUUGUCUGAGGCGUCCUGACAGGCACAAGCCACUAAGCAUUGCUAUGGAAACCAUUUUGUUAUUCUCUGCUGUGUCGUUUGUUUUCUGGCACAGUUGCAGUUGUGGUACAGGGGGAAAGGCAGUGGAUAAGGUGCCCAAGGAUCAGAAACCUAGUGGGGCCUGUGUUCCUACAGGAUUGUAUGACCAAGGCUAAUUCCUGCUUCUCCUUGGGUCUUGCAAUCUCCAACUCUCAGGUAGAACACUAUUUUUCAAAUAGUGGCCCGAUGACCAUCUCAACAAUCAGAGUCCUGAUGCCCGUCCUAUACCAACUGUCAGAAUCUCCCUCAGAGCUCUGACGCACAACAGAGUUUGAGAACACUGCUGUAGGAGUUAGACUCGCUAAAUUGUUUUCAAUCUCCCAGUGCACAAAACAGGCAGCACUGAAGUUAUGCUGACUGGAGCAGGGAUGAAAGGCUCAGAGCCCUAUCCACUCAGCCUCCCACUACCCCCAACUGGCUCCAUGGAAUCCUACAGCUUCCCAGAGCACAGUUUGGUAACCACUGGACAAAAUGAUUUCUAGAGGCUUCCCUAGAAGAGGAGUCAGCAUUCAUUCAAUCAUUCGUUUAUUCACAAAUAUUCAUUAGGUGCCUUCCUUCUUUACACCAAGUAUUUGUUUGAAGUCAGUAGCUCCACUAUUACCUAAUCUCUCUUGGGCUCAGAUUUCUCCUUUGCAAAAUGGAAACAUAGUAUUUGUUUUCCCUACUUUACUGGAUUCAUCUAACAAUCAAAUAAUCAUGAGACCACCUAAGAAAAAGUUGUUUGUUACCUGGAAGAGACUCUGCAAAUGCCAACAACUAUUAUCGUUACUGCCAUUAGUGGUAUAUCUAACUAUCUCAAGUCUACAGAACUAAGUUAAGUCCUCAGAGGCCUCAAUGGACUGUUACUCUCCUACUCUCUGUAACUAAACUUCCAGAAGGUGUUGCAGGGUUUGGAGAACCAUUGGUCUAAAAGCCUCCAUCUAAAAAAUAUAUUUUCUGAGGGCUAAGAAUAUCCCUGAAUUUGAUGUCUUCUAAAUAGAACAUUUCUCUAUUAUCCCAAUUUACUUCCAUGAUCAUAUAUUACUUUCAUAACAAAAAAAGUUAGAAAAAUGAAGACUGUUGAAAAUACUGUCUGAUGCACACAGUUCUCUGAUACACUCUUUAUCUAAUGGUUUAAAAUGAAUUCAAAUGAGAUAAUCAGGCAAGAGAAAAUGCAAAAUUUUCCCUUCCUGACAGCCACAUGGCUCCACGGCAGUGCGGGGCUCAGUGUCAGACCUGGGCUCUAAAUCUCGGCUCUGCCACUAACUCAACACGUGGUCUUGGGUGAGUCACUACCUCUCACAGGAUCUCAGUCUCUGCACCUAUAAACUGAAAGCACCAACUAUGGUGAUCCGCAAGGGCCCUCCCGGCUCUGACGGUUGAUGCUCCAGACAAUGAAGGUACUUUCCCAAUAUACCCAGGCUGUAAUUCUACAGCCUAUCUGGCUGUGCUGGGCAUACAGCCAUGCUGAGUUCACAGUGGCUCAUGGAAACAGUGCUCCUCUCCCCAGUCACUCAUGUGGAGUUUUAGACCUUCCAAAGCUCCAUCAGCCCCACAACAACCCUGAAGCAAGAAGGUCAGGGAACAAGCACCUUGGGAAGAAAGGUGGCUCAUUUCAGAGCUGCAAACUUGUAAGUGACAGGGUCAUGACCAAAAUCAAGGUAUUUUGACUCCAAGCCUACCUAGUAUUCUUUACCUCAUUUGGAUCAUAUCCUAAGAGAACUACAGACCCUAAAAGCUUCAUGCGGUGGAAAGACCACCAGUGUUAGAAUCAGAAGAUGGGUGCAAUCCCCUCUUCCUGCUCUCCUGUGUAUGCUUCUGCACCAGCCACUCCCUAUGACUGAGCCUCAGUGUCUUUCUCCAUAACAUGGGGCUAUUGUUCUGACAAUUCCAGUGCUGUGGGGAGGUUCAUGGAAGAGUGAAUGGAAAGCUUUUGUAUGUUAUAAAGUUAGAUGUCAGUUACCAUGAAUACCAUUUAUUGGGCCCAAAGGUAGGGAGGAAUCCAUCCCAUUUGUCCUUCAAGAAACCCAAAGCCCUGGGAAGUUUAAGUCCUGGGCCACAGGGCAGCUGGGUAUGAAACCUGAAUGAGCAAGUCACUUGACUUGCAAGCUGAGCUAUACAAGACAGACUUUAAGCUUGGCCUGGCUCCCACCCUAUGGAGACUAAACUGCAACAAAACUGAAAACACUGGACAGAAGUGUAGAGCCCAACAAUAUGGAUGGUUCCUUCUUCCCAUCAUUCGCACAUUCAACUAGUCAACAAACAUUCCUCUAAUAUCAAUUAUAGAUAGUGAUGUCUGGGUACCUUAUGUAUGCAAGGAAAGAGAAGGAGGAAGGAGCAAAGAUGAAUAUGAUGGUCCAUAUAUGGAAAAUAACUAACAUUUAAUAAUGAACAUUUCCUGAGCUCUUACCAUAUAUCAGGAACUAUGCUGUACUAUUUGUGUUAUCUCAUUUCACACCCACAAUAAGCCAAGAGGGCAGGAAUGUUCUGGAUUACUAUUUUACCCUUGAAGAAGCUGAGGCUUAGCUGAGGCUCAGGCUCAGCUGAAAACUAAGUGGUGGAACCAGUACUCAAACCAAUGCCAGCCUGUUCAGAUCCUAAAUUUUUAACUUCUAGUUCCACAGCCUCUGUAUUGCUGGGUGACCUUAGGCAAGCAUCCUCCCAUCUGAAAUGUAGAGAUUCAAUUAUUCUAAUGGGCACAAGAAAUAUCACAAACAACCGUGACCCAAAAGAGAAAGGGAGAAACGCCCACUUGAAGUGAGGUGUGGCCAUCACUUCCCAUUCCUCAGGAGAGGAAAACAUCAGAUAUAAUCUGGGUGGCAUGAUGACAGAGUCAGGCUUUUGCCAGACAGGGCUCAAACCAGCAGGGUUCAGAGAGAUAUGGCUAAUAUCUGCCUGCCUUCAACAAGGUCUGUUCUCCCACCAAACCCAACUGUGUACCCCAUCUACACACUCCAUUUACCACCCCACCCCUGAGCCAGGCCUUUUGUUCACGCUGCCCCCACCUCCCCUUACUUCUUUCCUCCAGGAGGUCUCUUCUGAUGCCGCAUCUCUCUCCCAACAGAAAAGCUUUAACAACCACUCAAAUACUAUUUCAUCAAGAAGCCCCCAACUUGAUGGAAUAGCAUUUUCUUUAAGACCCUGGUCCUUGGUGAAUGGUUCCCCUGUCUCCACAACUUGCUCUGCUUAUAAGAGAAGAGUAGUGGUCCUUCUCCAUCUGAAUCUGUCACAGUAGCAGAUGCCAGUAAGGUUGCCUGGAAUGUCCGCACAUGUGAUGCUGCCAUGGUAACAGCAGACCAAGGUUCGGAAUGCUUUAUCCCUGAUGAGCUGCCCCGGCAGUGCCAUGCCAGGCUGCUCACGGAAUCUUCCUCGAAGAACAAUAACAACAACAAAAAUCACCAAAACCUAUGCAACAACAACAACCCAUUAAUGGACAAGAAACUGCUGAGCACUGGUGCCAAGGUUCAGUUCCUAUAAACAUACUUUGGGCCACUCACCUGGUCCCUUAGCUGAUAAGGAGGCCAGGCCUUGGCUGUGUGUACUGUGGCUCACCCAGAGGGUAAUGUGGUUUUUAGCUGGCUGGGCCAAUGAAGCAGGCCGUCCCCAACUCCAGCCCCCAAAUUACCACUUCUCUUGUUUGAUGCCGCCAACCAGGGAUCUGCCAGCGUGGACCCUGGCAAUUAGCACAGCACUCGCAUUUGUUGGGGAAUUAGGAGCCACUGAUUACCCUAAUUCCACGUCAUUUACAGGCAAUGAGUGUCAGCCUGGGAUUGGCCUUUCCAAACGGUGGCCUACAGGGUGGCAUGAUCAUGACUUGACUUUGAAAUGGAAGCAGAGGCCUGGUAAGCCAGGCUGUGAACCAGGAGGGGAGGCAGGACUCACAGCUGAGCCUAGCUAUAUGGCAGCCAUUGCCUCCCCCAGUCCUGCCCACUUAAGGGAAAUGAAGACCAGAAGAAGGUGUUUCCAGAUUGAGAACAUGCCUAUUUCUAAGUCAUCCUGACCCAGGAAGGGAGCCCAUUUCCUGUUGAUAGCCCUGCUGACCCCCUAGAAUGUGCAGCCACAAGAUUAGUGUCCCCUAAUCUGAGAGUUUCUGGGGGCUAAAGGCCUGAGUCAAACUCUCACUGACUGAGCAGGACCCUCACACUCAGAUCUGCCCCCAGGAUCCAAUCACUUGCCACCAGGCCCCACCUCCAACAUUGGAAAUUACAUUUCAAUGUGAGAUUUGGAGGGGACAAACAUCCAAGCCAUCUCACCCAAUGAUAAUUACCUUUAGACUCUUGCUGUUAGAUCUCUAGUCACAAAUGGGCCCUCCAGGAUAGUGACAUUUCCAGGAUAAUAUAGGCCCCUACACCUUGUAUGAUUGAUCCCUAUCUCAACCCAGCAGGGGCCAACUCUGUAGCUAGUAUAUUCCCUGUGUUUCUAUCCUCUCCUGCCAGUUUGCUGUAAGAGGAGCCAAUAGGCUUGUCUACACUUUAUAGGGUCAUGACCAUGUGGAGCCAGCUAACUGAAUACUUGUCCACUAGAGAACUUCUGGAUCUCUCCAAAGGAAUAUAUAGGUAUUGGGGUUUGGCUGGACAAGUCCCAACAACUUCCCUAAUUCAAACUGUAGCUUGCUUGAAAAUCGGGGACUGAACCAGGUCUUUCCAGUCAUUCAUAAAAUGUCUAUUUUGUCUUACUUGGU